GAGUCAAACAGAGUCGCGAUUUUAAGUGAUUCCGGGCUACUCUAGUCAUCGUUCAUCUUCCCACUUGCCAUCAUGUCCAAGCCGGCGUUCUGGUUACGUUGCGAAAAGAAGGAGUUCGAAAGACGAGCGGCGCUGACGCCUACCACCGCCAAGAAGCUAAUAGAUGCGGGUUUCGAGAUCAUAGUCGAGCGGGACGAGCAGAGGAUCUUCGACGAUUCGGAGUACGAAGCAGUGGGCUGCAAACUAGUCGAGAACAACUCAUGGCCCAGUGCUCCUACAUCCAUCCCCAUCAUUGGCCUCAAGGAGCUCCCGGCGUCCUCUGACCCUAUUGCCCAGACGCACAUCCAAUUCGCACAUUGCUAUAAGAACCAAGCGGGUUGGUCACAAGUCCUGGCGCGUUUUCACAAAGGUGGAGGGACGUUGUACGAUCUCGAGUUCCUUCAGGACGAGCAGGGUAGGCGCGUCGCCGCAUUCGGGUUCCAUGCGGGGUUUGCAGGUGCUGCCGCAGGUGCCUUGGCAGUUGCUGCACGCAGGCAGAGCAAGAACCUGGGACAAUUAGAGCCAUACGCGAACGAGGGUGAGAUGGUGAAAGACGUGAAGGAGAAACUGGGCGGCAGUGGGAAGGGUGUUAGGGCCCUUGUUAUUGGCGCGUUGGGUAGAUGUGGGCGAGGGGCCGUGGAUUUGCUUAGGAAGAUUGGCUUGGCAGAGGACGACAUCCUCAAAUGGGACAUGGCAGAGACAGCUAAGGGUGGUCCUUUCAGCGAAAUUCUGGACGUUGAUAUAUUCGUCAACUGCAUCUAUCUGUCGUCCUCGAUCCCUCCGUUCUUGACCGCGGACCAAAUUCGGGCUGCGGGUAAACAGAGGCGGUUGAGUGUCGUCGUAGACGUUAGCUGCGACACCACCAAUCCUUUCAACCCCAUACCAAUAUACAAUAUCAACACAACUUUCUCGGAGCCGACGGUCCCGGUCGAUGUUGGACCUGAAAAUCCCCCGUUGUCCGUUAUCUCGAUUGACCACUUACCGACACUGCUGCCCCGAGAGGCUUCGGAACAGUUCAGCAGCGACUUGCUGCCAUCUCUGUUAGAGUUCCCCAAUAGGAAGACAGCGCGAGUGUGGGUCGAGGCAGAAGAGCUGUUCAAGCGCAAGCUGGCCGAGGCCGUCAAAGCAGAAGGACUUUAAGCAGCGAGUGCUCUGUCGCGAAAAGACGAGAACUGCCUAGAGUUCCGUCACCCUGAUAGUACAGAAUCGUAGUGUAAUGAAUCAGAAACAUCGUACUAUGAUAGAAUCGCUUUGUGAUAUGAUGUACUGGUAGCAACCGCGCACGGACGCAAAAAUACGAUCAGCGUGCGAGGUCG